AUGCUUUUCAAAUCCGUCGUUGCUUCUGCCCUGCUUUCAGGUUGCGUCGUUUCUGCUGAAGACUCAUCUUCCUCGUGGACCACUUUGACUCCUACUAAAACAUUUGCCGGUGCAGCCACCGCAUACUCUACCGGGUUCGGUAUCGCCGUUCAGCCUGUGGCUAAGGCCUCUGGUUCGUCGGAAGCCACUACCACCGGUAAGGCCAAGAGAGACGCUGUUUCUCAAAUCGGUGACGGUCAAAUCCAGGCAUCCACUGCCACUGAGUCAACCUCUACCACCCACGCCGCUUCUCAAAUCACCGACGGCCAGGUUCAGGCGACCUCCAACAAGCCUUCCAGCACCAGCUCCAGCGCUUCUACUUCCUCUGCUGCUGCUGCUUCGCAAGUGUCGGACGGUCAGAUCCAGCAAUCUUCCAGUGUCAACGAAACAACUACUUUGUCUUCCAACUCUGCUGCUGCCACUGCCUCAAGCUCCGCAGAAUCUGACAUCAAAGUCGUUUCUUGCAAAAACAGCGGUACUUUGGAAAUGAACCUACACGACGGUAUCCUAAAGGACGCCAAGGGCAGAGUCGGCUCCAUUGUUGCCAACAGACAAUUCCAAUUUGACGGUCCUCCUCCACAAGCCGGCGCUAUCUACGCUGCUGGCUGGUCUAUCACUCCAGAUGGUAACUUGGCCAUUGGUGACAACGACGUUUUCUACCAAUGUUUGUCGGGUAGCUUCUACAACUUGUACGACGAAUCUAUUGGCAGCCAGUGUGCUGCAGUGCAUUUGGAAAUCGUCAAGCUCGUCGACUGUUAA